AUGUCGGCCCCCUUCCUCUUGUCGCGCCCGACGCUUUCCGCGAUAACCACGCGGACGCGCGAUCUGCUCAAACUCUCCAAGUACCGUCUCUCCGGGUUGGUCGCGCUCACGGCGGGCACGGGCUACGCGCUUCGCGACGACCAUCCGUCGCUGCGCCCGCGCCCGAUCCUGGCCGUCACGGUCGGCACAUGGCUCACGGCCGCCUCCGCGAACACGCUCAACCAGCUGUAUGAGAUCAGCUCCGACGCGCUUAUGGCCCGUACGCGCCUGCGUCCGCUUCCGGCCGCCCGCAUCCGGCCGCCAGCCGCGGCCUUGUUCGCCGCUGUCACGGGCGCCGCCGGCCUUGCGCUUCUCGCCGUGGAGACGAACGGUACGGCCGCCGCCAUCGCCGCCGCAAACAUCGCCUUGUACGCCGCCGUGUACACCCCGCUGAAGCCGGUUUCCACCAUCAAUACAUGGGUCGGAGCCGUCGUGGGCGCUCUCCCGCCCAUGCUGGGCUGGGCUGCGGCCAGCGACGGCUGCUUGACCGGUGAGCGAGAGCGCGGCGCGUGGGCCCUGGGCGCCUUAUUGUUUCUGUGGCAGAUUCCUCAUUUUCACGCCCUGGCCGUCGUGUCGCGCGCCGAUUACGCACGCGGGGGACUCAAAAUGCUUGCAGUCACGGAUCCGGUGCGCAACGCCACGUGGGCGAAGAUCACAGCGGCCGCCAUGAUGCCGUUGGGUAUCGCGUUUGCGGCGACCGGCGUUACUAGCGAGGCCUUCACGUGGGAGGCUGCGGCGCUCGGCUUUUGGAUGUACAGGGGGUCCGUCAAAAUGGCCGCCAACCCUACUGCUGUUGCGGCGGCAAGACCGCUGUUCAGGGCCAGUAUUUUUCACCUCCCGCUAACGCUGGCUUUGAUGCUGGCGCAUCACGUGCCGUAUGAUGAGAAUCGACAGCAGCUGCAGAUGCAACGCGAGUUGCAAUUGCAGCGGGAGCUGGAGCGGGCAAGGGCGAUGGCGGUGAGAGGAGAAGUUAGGCUUCAUCACCCCUGGGAGAUUAUGGCCCCGUUCCCGUUCUUGCCGGUGCCCAUGGGCGCUCCGGCUGUCGUCCUUGAGACUGACGACCGGUAGCACGCGUCGCAUCGGUGUGAGCUUUUAGUUUUAGCGUUCAGUAUUUAUCUCCUUAAACGAGUCAAGUAGGCCAGAGAAUGUGACAAAGACGUCUUUAAAUUUUC